CCGAUGCCAAAGAUCCCCCCCAUGAACCCAUGGAAACUAUUGUUCACCGCAAAUAUGGGGUUCGCCAUCAUCUAUGGUUCCACAUAGCGCUCAACAACUCCGCGCUCGUCAACAUGACCCUAUGCUCCUGAUAUUCCAUGGGUCCUCCCCGGAUUCCGUCAAACGGAUCCCUCGAUAGAGGCGUCGUUCUGAGACAGUGGGGCGCGAUCGUGCCCACGACGUUCCUGGACGGCGGACCGGGGGAAGAAAGCUAUUGUUGCUGUGUUAGUGUAUGCUAUCAUAUUGUUAUUCUAUUCUUACCUCCUGUGUUCGGAGCUGUCACAAACGCCACUGCGCGGAUCCAUCUCUAGAUGCUCGAUCAGAUCUAGGAUCGACAUUACCCGAAAGCAGUGGCGAGUCUAGACUUUGUUCCAAAAUCUGUGUUUGGUUACGGUCAUCUGUUGGUUGCGUCCAGAGGUCAAAAACCAGCUUGUGAGCACUCCUUACUUAAAGCAAGUGAUUUCCAUUCCAACUGACGCUACAUCUCACCAAAGCAAACAAUCUCAAUCCCAGCCUCCUAUUUUAUUCCUAAAGAUCAGCAUCAGAGAUCAACAGUGUUCAAGAAAAAAUGUUCACUAGACUUUCGAAAAAGGCGCUUCUAGUCCUUGGUCUGCUGUCAGCUGGCACACAAGCUGCAACUAUGUCAAGCAGUCGCCUAGACCCCCGCGCAAGUUCUUUCGAUUAUAGCAACGAAAAAGUCCGUGGUGUCAACCUUGGUGGAUGGCUCGUGCUUGAGCCUUGGAUUACACCUUUGAUUUUCGAUGAAGCUGGUGCCGAGGCUGUCGACGAGUGGUCCCUGACUCGGAUUCUGGGCAAGGAUAAGGCUAAAGCCCGCUUGUCUGCUCACUGGAAGUCUUUCGUCUCCUCUGGCGAUUUCCAGAACAUGGCUGCUGCCGGACUGAACCACGUCCGGAUCCCCAUUGGCUAUUGGGCUCUUGGACCCCUUGAGGGAGACCCUUAUGUUGAUGGUCAGCUGGAGUACCUUGACAAAGCGAUAGAAUGGGCUGGAGCGGCAGGCCUCAAAGUUUUAAUCGACCUACACGGUGCACCCGGAUCUCAAAAUGGAUUCGACAACAGCGGUCGGAGAGGAGCCAUCCAAUGGCAGCAAGGGGACACUGUUCAGCAGACCCUUGAUGCCUUCGAUCUGUUGGCCGAGCGGUACCUUGGUUCUGACACCGUGGCUGCCAUCGAAGCUAUCAACGAGCCCAACGUUCCUGGUGGAGUAGACCAGGGCAAGCUGCAAGAGUACUACGGUUCCGUCUAUGGUGUCGUCAACAAGUACAACGCUGACACAUCCGUGGUAUAUGGAGAUGGUUUCCUGCCCGUAGAGAGCUGGAACGGGUACAAAACUGAGGGCAGCAAGGUUGUGAUGGACACACACCACUACCAUAUGUUUGAUAACGGACUCAUCGCCAUGGACAUCGACGACCACGUCAAUGCCGUCUGCCAGUUCGCUCACCAGCACCUGGAAGCAUCUGACAAGCCUGUUAUUGUGGGUGAGUGGACCGGUGCUGUGACCGACUGCGCCAAGUACCUCAAUGGCAAGGGCAACGGCGCUCGCUACGAUGGCUCCUAUGCUGCUGAUAAGGCUAUUGGCGAUUGCUCCACCCUGGCUACUGGUACUGUGGCCCAGCUCUCUGAGGAAGAGCGGUCGGACAUGCGCCGCUUCAUCGAGGCCCAGCUGGACGCCUUCGAACUCAAGAGCGGCUGGGUGUUCUGGACCUGGAAGACUGAGGGUGCCCCUGGCUGGGAUAUGAGUGACCUGCUUGAAGCCGGUGUCUUCCCUACUUCUCCUGAGGACAGGGAGUUCCCUAACCAGUGCUAAACUCACACUCGCUAGCUUUUCUCUUAUCCUUUAGCCAGUAUUCUUUUUCUCUCUUUCUUUCCUUGCCUCUCACCCUUUUGUUGCUUGCUUCUUCUUGUUCAACAUCUUUACGAGCAGUGGGGUAUCUAAUUUUGUUCAUUUCGGGAGUAUUGUUUGCUUGAUAUUGGCCUCGCUUGGUUUAAACUAAUGAAUAUAUCU